AUGAAUGUUGGUCGGGCAUUGUGCGUUCUUGGAGCAAGCAUCAACCUCAUGCCACUUUCCGUGAUAAAGUCUCUCGGCAUUUUCGAGCUGAAGCCUACGAUGGUGUCUCUCCAACUUGCUGACAGAACGUUGCGAAGACCAAACGGAGUAAUUGAAGACGUACUCGUCAAAUUGGACAAGUUAAUCUUCCCUGCUGACUUCGUAGUGCUCGAUAUGGAAGAAGAAGGAGACAUGCCUCUUCUGUUGGGUAGGACGUUCCUUGCCACAACAAGAGCUAUGAUUGACGUGGAGAAAGGAAAGCUGGAGCUUAGAAUGGAUGACGAAAAGGUCACCAUUAAUGUGUUCGAUGCAAUGAAGCACGCUGAGGAUAAUAGUGACUGCUUCCGGGUGGACAUUCUUGAAGGACUGUUCCAUGAAAAGAAAGAUGAUUAG